UGGAAGAGACUGCCAAACAUGCCUCCGGCGGUGAGUUCGCGGUCACGUCACGCAUGGAAAUAACACGGAAGGUUAAAGUGCUUGGUGUAUAUUUAGUUAGACGCGCCUAAUACUUUGUUUUAAACAGAUUUAAAGAGCGUAAUGUUACUUUUGAGACCAGUUCGUGUGUGAUACAGCAUGGGGGUAUUACUGAGAACAUGAGGUGGUUUGAAAUCUGGCUAGCGCUAUGCUGGGUGACGGUCAGCUUGGAGAAGAGGACGCUGGCGCUGGCGAAAGGGGGAUGUUUUGAGGAGUACGCCGAGGUGUACCAGGAGACGUACUUGAGGGCCGAACCCGUGGUCACCCAUGUCUCCGUCACUCAGUCCUGUGGUAUAUUUGGGUGGGGCAGAUGCCGCGUGCAAAGACGUAUUACAAAGACUCGUCACGUGACCGCAACCCGCCUGGCAACGAGACUUCGGAAACGAUGCUGCGAGAACUGGACAGGGGAGCUUUGCGAUCAAAGUUUAAUUACUUCCACAGUGUCAAGUUCCCCGUCCACUACUCCUACUUCUACAAUGACCAGGCCACCCCCAAUAAUCGUGACAGUGUCAAAAUCUCCUGGAACCUCCUCAGAACACAGCAGUACGAGCUUUAGGAAGCCAACAAAGGUUCUCAUACCCACGCAGGACCUCUGGCCCAGUACAGGUACGGAGUCCACGCCAGGAUUAUCUGGUCAGACUACGGCAAGAGGAACCCCAGGAACGAAUUCUACUGUAAAGGCACCUGCAACUCCAACCUUAAGACCGACGCCAAUACUGACGCCAAUGCCAACAGCACUGCGACCUAGUCCUACAGGGCUACGGCCGACGACUUGGCCCGGGCCGACGCCAUCUUCAACACCAAUACCAAGACCUUCACUAAUGCCGUCACGUACUGCAGAGCCAACGCCCACGCCACAAACUCCAAGAAGGCCUACCCCAACAAAAGGACAGGGGCCACAGCCAACGCCCAUGCCAGAAACUCCAAAAAGGCCUACUCCAUCAGUGUUUCCGGGGCUAGAGCCAACGCCUUGGAUACCGCCACGAACUGCAGGGCCAACGCCCAUGCCAGAAACUCCAAAAAGGCCUACUCCAUCAGUGUUUCCGGGGCUAGAGCCAACGCCUUGGAUACCGCCACGUACUGGAAGGCCAACGCCCAUGCCAGCGACCACGCUAUCGCCAACGCCAUCGCCAUCGCCACGUACUGCAGUACCAAGGCCAGGGACAGUUGUCACUCCUUCACCCAGUACUGUGACGCCGCAACCCAAGCCCCCCGACAAGACCCCCUCUUCGUGGACGGAUGUCCCAACACGGUAUGUGCCAGACCAAGGUUCCGGAGUAACCCAUUUCAAUGUCAGCGUGACCUCCUCGUCGUCACCGAGUUUGCAAACGUCACCAACUGCGUCAGCUACGACCCACGAGGAGCAAUAUAUGACAACCACCCAUGAUGCACGAGGCGCAUGGACAACCGCAGGCGAUAAGGGGCACUUGACAUCACCUAGCGUGUGGUCAGCUGUGACUACCGCGGGCGAAACGGACGGUGUAACACCAACGCUAAUUCACCUGUCUUCAGAUGUUACCAUCUCCUUUUUGUCAAGAAAUGUAAGCGAAGAGCUCCUCUUCCUCUGUGAGUUUGAUUUUCAUCGCCCUUUCGAUAGCAAGACGUGUGAAUUGAAGUGGCUACGCCAUGGACAGCGAAUCAGCAAGAUCAGCUCUCGUUUCCACGAGAAUUUCUACAGCGGCAAAGGAAGAACCCGUUUUCUAAAUGUCCUGAAAAUCUCGCCACUGAAUAGGACGGACGUGGGGGAGUACGUGUGUGUGGCAAGCACGGAGACGGCGUCCAGUAAUGUGUCAGUUGAGAUAAGAGAGCUCUUGGUAUCGGAACCAAUUGGUACUAACCAACCUUUUCAUAUUGACAACCGUGCCGCCAUAGCGACCAUCACUGGUCUGGCGUUGUUGUUUGUGGUGACAGUGGUGGUUUUGCCUUGGGUCGUGUACCAGAAACGGUUUAUCAUAAAACUGAGAGCGAAGAGAUAUUUUGGAAAGUACGAAGAUACAGAUGAUAAGCUUUAUGAUGUAUUCGUGUCUUACUGCCCAGACUCGGUAGACGAAAUAUUCGUCGUUCGAACACUGGUUCCUAAACUGGAACAGACAUAUAAUAUGCGAGUGUGUGUUGACUACAAGGAAUUUUUGCCUGGAGAAGUCCUAAGUGUCAGUGUGAUAGAAGCCGUGGAAUCAAGCCGAAGAACAAUUCUCGUUCUCUCUCCGAGAUUUAUCGAGAACGGCUGGUGCAGAUUUCACUUUCUUAGCGCGCAGUUGGAAAUGCUUCAAUCCAAGCACAGCAUUAUACCUUUGAUAUAUGAAGACAUAAGUAAAAUAAGUUCCACAGACAAAGAUCUCAGAAAUAUACUUAAGAUUGCCAAACCAGUGCGGUGGCCAUCGGAGAGAAGGCCGAGGACUGAAAACAACUUCUGGGACCACUUGCAUUUAAUGUUGCCAAAGAAACGAAAACCAUCGUCUGGUUUUAGGGUAAACUUUUCUCGAUGGGUGUUUGCAAGCAAUAAAGUGGAUUAUGUCAGUACAGAUCUGAGUUAUGACACUAGCAGGCCAAAAUCGAGGUCCGAACGCUCAAAUGGGGUCAUAAGCCCGGCAGAUUUUACGGACUUAAAACUCCACAUAGAAGACAUUGUUUGACAAUGUCGGCGUUGCAGCAGUGAUUAACCUAUAGGAUACAGGUCUAAUUGGUCGGUUAGUUCCAGAUACUUGACUAGAGUCAUCAUCGGUUGGACUAGUUUAAAGGGAAUGUGCCUUCCAAAUGAUGGCACAGGACCAGACACACACGAGCACGUGCUUUGUCGCAAACGACAUUUAUACUGGGUUCCCAUACCUACAUCGAUCUCACAGGAUCGAUCCAUCUCCAAAUGUUUUCUCAUUAAAUUGCUUUCCACUUAAGCGUCUUAUAUUUCUGGCACACCUAAUGAAGCUGUUAAACGAUAAUUAAUUAUCCCCUCACAGCUUCAGUAGGCGUGACAGACAUCUAAGCCGCUUAAGC